GACAAGGAGGGGGAUGAUGACGGACGUGACGAAGCGAGAGUCAGCUCACCCGGUGAUCGGCAACCGAAGGAAAGAACAGGCGGGGCUGUCUACGAAGAAGAACAACAUCGAGAAGAUUAUCUCCAACGAAAGUACCCCGACCAAGUCCUCUCUGGGAUGGACACGUUGCCCGGCUUGGAAGAGGCGCGGUGGCGAGAGCGGGGUUCAGGAGGAGGCGGUGGCGGGGGCGGGGGGUACCGCGUGGUGGCGGGUCACCCGUGCGGGGGGCUCUGCCGGAAGGGGGAGUUCAUGUGCCGGGAGUCGUGCGCCUGCAUCCCCUCGGCGUGGCGCUGCGACGCCGAGCCGGACUGCGACCGCGGCGAGGACGAGCGGGACUGCCACGGCAUCGAGUGCGACCCCCAAGGCGGCUGGCUCCGCUGCCCCAACACCGAGAAGUGCGUCCUCCGCCAGUGGCUCUGCGACGGCCAGGACGACUGCGGCGACUUCUCCGACGAGACACACUGCAAUGGUUAG